GACCUACUGGAAUCUGCAACAAAGCUCUCGCUUCUCUCUCUACGGCUGAAGUGCAUACGUCCCAAGUGUGUCACAUGUGCCGUGGCAUCAAUGCUUGGGAUGCGUCGGUGAAAGUGGCCGAUGAAAUCGAAGGGUGUUAUACUAUGCCCCAAAGCGGUAAUGAUGAUAAACUCCGUCGCUCUUCGGAAUUGCGUAGAUCCAGUAAGAUGGAUUGUUUUGGUUUGAGGGGCAAGAAGGUGAGGAAAGUGGGCGGGCAAAUUGUGGGCGGGAAACUGUAAAGUGUGGGAGGAGGGGGAAAGGAAGAAAGGCAGAACGAUGGAUUCUGGAUGGUCAGGGCGACCGGCUAAUCACUUGACGGGAAAAGUGGGAGAAGGAUGUUGAGAUGAUGAGAUGAACAGAUUUAAGGUAGGAGAAAGAAAAAAAGGCUGGUAGACCGAGCAGGGAUGUGGAAGAACCUAAUAGUGGUGGUAGUAAGAGUAGUAAAUAGCAGAUAAGUAAACGGAUAAUAGAUAGAUAGAUAUUGAUGAAGGGGGGGAGAGGGAAAGGCAAGUAAGUAGAGUGUUAAGACAAGCCGAGUCAAAUCAAAGCCAUAUCCCUUUUUUUUUGGAUGUUAACCCCGAGGUGGCCCAGGGUUUAAUAAGGAAGAAAUUUAAGCAGCAAGCAAUGGAAGGAUGGAUGCGUUCG